AUUCCAAAGCAGAGCUACGGGGAGGUGAAUCAGCUCGGCGGGGUGUUCGUGAACGGCCGCCCGCUGCCGAACCCGGUGCGCCUGCGGAUCGUGGAGUUGGCGCAGCUCGGUAUGCGGCCCUGCGACAUCAGCCGCCAGCUGCGGGUCUCCCACGGCUGCGUUUCCAAGAUCCUGGCUCGCUACAACGAGACCGGCUCCAUCCUGCCGGGGGCCAUCGGCGGCAGCAAGCCUCGGGUCACCACUCCCGCCGUGGUGAAGAGCAUCCGGGAUUACAAGCAGGGAGACCCGGGCAUCUUCGCCUGGGAGAUCCGGGACCGGCUGCUGUCCGACGGGGUGUGCGAUAAGUACAACGUGCCCUCCGUUAGCUCCAUCAGCCGCAUCCUCAGGAAUAAAAUCGGGACUCUUUCUCAGCCGCGACCCUGCGACGGCAUCAAGGCGGGCCCAGCCCCGCUGCAGUACGGCCCUGUUUACCCGUACCCGUCCUACAGCGGGCCCGGGGCCCCCUCCGGGACCAGAACCGGCAGCGGCGCCGCGGGACACAUCGGCCUGCCCCGGAGCUGGCACAACUUCCUGGGCAUCAGAGCCUUCAUGGAGCCGGGAGGUGUGCCUGGAUCUGAUGGACAUCCAGCCAGAAUGGAGGAAUGGACCAGCGUUCCCAGCAUGACCAGUAUGAGCAGCAGAUCGUUUCCGUCUGGAAUCAAUGGAGUCGAGAAACCCAACAACGAACUGGACAUCAAAUAUCCACAGCAGUCUUCAUCCGGCCUGCCUGGUUACCUCUCAGCUUGUGCAUAUUCUCCGCCGAACCAGUACUGUGUGUAUGGAGGCCCUGCAACCAACUACAUGAACUCUGGACACCACUGGCAGCCCCAGUCCUCCAGUCUGACUCCCAGUUUGAAUUCCAAAAUGACCCCCAGUCUGAGCCCUGGAAUGACUCAGAGUCUGAGUCAUCCCAGCUCAGCUGCACUACAGGAAGCUGCAGAUUUCCACUCCACAUCUUUCAAACUUUCACAGAGAGAAGGUGAGACUGACUCAGACAUCGCCUUCGAGCCAGUUCUGUGUAGCACCACAUCUGGUCCAGAUGGUUUUACUGUUACUGAUAAACUAGCAGACUCCCACUGCUGUGAUGAAAAACAAGGGAAUUUCUGA